AUGGCGGGUACCGAUCAAGAGGUUGCGCCGAUCGGCGUCGUCGAUGUUGAUGCUGUGGACACCCCACCAACCCAGGCGAUGGGGACGUCAGCACCAGUUGUCAGCGACUCAUCGACGGCCAAACCCAAACGUGGCAGUGGGGCUCAGAAUCAGGGCCGUUCCAUCAAAAAGUUGCGGGUCAUCAUCGGGCCGACCGAACCUUCUCUGCAGAGUCGCCGCAAACGGCGCCCAGCAAACCGCAACAGCAGCACCUUUGUCCGUUUUGUCACCUGUCGACUCUGCUGUCAACCUGAGUCGGAGGAGGCCUGCUUCCUGCGGGUGUAUUGCAGCACCAUUGACAGCCGCGUCAACUAUCGCGUACUGCCCAUUGUGCCGCAGACAACGGUGGCUGAUAUCAUCCGGACCAUCUUAACCAUUCACUACAUUGAUCCCGAGCAUGUGGCUGACUACGAACUUUGUUUUACGCCCAAACAAGUGGGCGGCUCCUCACGCGAUCUCUCCCGCGUUCUUCCCAUGGAUCAAAGCCCCUUUCUCACCAACCUCCAUCACGAGAGCGGCCGAAUUGAAAUUCGUUCGCGCGUCGACUGGCCCAGUAUGCGCACCACGGGCAUUCCUCAGAGCCUCACGUUAGGUCCAGACCCCGGCUGGUCUCCGACCGAAGAGAACGGAUCCCCUCUGCUGUUUAGCGAUCGCAUCGCCCCCAUCCGGAAGCUCAAGUCACAGCAUCCGCUCCCGGCGCUCCCCAAUGCUUGGACGUUCUAUCCCGACCGUGAACCUACAUCCUUUAGUCCGGCAUGUGGCGCCCUGUCACCGCUGCUGGCUGUGGUGCGCGACAUGAGCGAACCUGCCAAACGCCACGAGCUUCCGACCGGCCAAGCAGACCUGCAAGCCCUCCUGGCAGAUGCCGUGCCCUUGACCGACUCGGCCAUGCAGCACGUUCAAGUCCUGAACAUGGGGCGUCAGGAGCUGGCAUUUGUGGUCCUGCGUGCAGAGGAGGCCGGGGAGCACGAGUGGCUGUUCGUGCCGUUUGUGCAGGGCUUACACGUCGAUGAUCAUGUUGUUGAGGCUCACAAGCCUCUGCUCAUGCCCCGGGAAUGCGAAUUCGGCUUGGGCAAUCACGCCGUUGGCCUGUGUGAUCCUUCUAGUACUGGUACCAAGUGUGCUGCAGUCCAAGAGAUGCGGUGUGAGGCCGCCGUGCCUUCACCGCCAACAGAUGCUAAAGAUACUGCUGCUUGGGAAGAAUGGUGGGCAAAGCUACACGAAUGGCAGACUCUAGCGACCGAUCAGCAUCGAGCGGCUAUGGCUGCGGAGCAGGCUGCUGAAGCACAGCGAGCUGCCGCGCAUCUCGAGGCAGAGCGCGGCGCCGCUGAACGGCUUCGCCAGCAGCAGCGGGGCGACGGGGAAGUCCAAGAUUCGGCUGACGAGAGCGAUGCGUUGGGUGAUCUCAAUUCGAGCUUUAGUAGUACGACUGGUUUUACCCCGCUGCUGCGCACGGAAAGCCAUGAUACCAUCUGCUCCACGUUGCUGGAGGGGGAGGGUGAAGACGAGGAGGAGCGGCGCCUCACACGGGACCGCUGGCGAUUGCUCAACACCAAGGUGUUGCAGCCGUACAAAGUUGGGGUGCAGAUGGACAACAUGCGCCGCCGCUCAUCCCAACAAGAGCCCAAGCAGGAGAUUGAUGUGCCGCAUCUCUCUCGCGUUUGGCACCGCCUCAUCAGCAUUAUCAUGGCCGUCGAGAAGGCACGCGCCUGCGACGUUUUGAACCGCAUUGAUUCAACCCGCGAGGGCAAGUUGACGCGCAAGGACAUGUACGCGGCAGCACAGCACUUUGGUCUUGGGUUCUCCCCGCAAGAGGUCAACGCGCUUUUCGAUGCACUGGACGAGAAUGGCGACAACCGUCUGGAUGUGCUUGAGUUUAGCCGCGUGACACCGCAUGCUGGAAGCGUGGUGGAUCGAGAUUCAGGGGCUAGCACACCCACGCCCGAACCGAACCAGUUGCUAGAGGAGGUUCAAGAGCAGCUUCAGGAAGACCAUUCGACCCCGAUAGCGGUGCAAGAUGACCACAACGAGGAUGCAAAGCCCGGCAUUGAAGUGUUGCGCAUGCCACAUCUUGAAUUCGACGACCCACUGCCGGUGCGGCUGACGGAGCUGCUGCCAGCGGAUGCGCUCCUCACGAUUGCUGGCGGGGUCUGUUCUGCUUUCUCUGUCCUGUAUCCUGUGUUUUGUGCCCUUGUUCUGGUUCAUUUCCUGUAUCUGUAUCUGUAUCUGUAUCUGUAUCUGUAUCUGUAUCUGUAUCUGUAUCUGUAUCUGUAUCUGUAUCUGUAA